GUCAUCAAGAAGCGUGAGACGGGCUGAGAACAGCCAAGAGGUCGGUCGCUGGUUCUCGGGUGUAUCGGUGGGAGUUACAAAGUGGCAGGCGGUGGGGGUGACAGGCUGGACGGCAGCAUUCCGAGAAAAUGGAAUUAAAUUCCAGAAUAUCUCCUUUGUUCCCCCCCAGAGCUGCGCUGUAGCGUUCGGUGCAACUUACCGUGCAUUGUGGGGAACCCACCGACGCUAGCUGGGCUAGCAGCCGACCACCGUUCCAGGCAGGCUCGCGGGCAGGUACAGGGGAACCGAGGAGGGGCUGGUGACAAAGGAAGGUGGCGAAGCAACGAUGAACCGCUUUCGAAAGUGGCUGUAUAAGCCCAAGAGGACGGACCCUCAGCUCCUGGCCCAGUUCUACUACGCAGAUGAAGAGCUUAAUCAGGUGGCCACUGAGCUGGACAGCCUUGAUGGCAGGAAGGACCCUCAGAGAUGCACCCUGCUGGUCAACCAGUUCCGAUCCUGUCAGGACAACGUGUUGAACAUUAUCAGUCAGAUCAUGGAUGAAUGUAUCCCCAACGACCGGGCCAACAGAGACUUUUGUGUCAAAUUCCCUGAAGAGAUUCGUCAUGACAACUUGGCAGGGCAGCUGUGGUUUGGAGCUGAGUGUUUGGCUGCAGGCUCCAUCAUCAUGAAUCGGGAGAUAGAGAGCAUAGCUAUGAGACCUCUAGCUAAAGAUCUGACUCGCAGCCUGGAGGAGGUACGCAGCAUCACCAGAGACCAGGCACUCAGAGACCUUAACUUGUACACCGACCGCAUGAAGGAGGCGUUACGACAUUUCGACAGCCUUUUUGCCGAGUUUGAGCUCAGCUACGUGUCCGCCAUGGUGCCUGUAAAGUCUCCCAAAGAAUACUAUGUACAACAGGAGGUGAUUGUGCUCUUUUGUGAGACUGUGGAGAGGGCUCUAAAGUUGAGCUAUCUCACUCAAGACAUGAUUGAUGACUAUGAACCUGCACUGAUGUUUACAAUCCCCAGACUAGCCAUUGUGUGUGGGCUUAUUGUGUAUUCUGAGGGACCUCUUAACCUUGACCGGAAAGCUGAGGACAUGUCCGAGCUCUUCAGGCCAUUUCGCACUUUACUGAAGAAAAUAAGAGAUCUCCUGCAGACUCUCACUGAGGAGGAGCUGAUCACGCUGGAGAGGAACCUGUGCAUUUCUCAGGAAGGAGAGUUGUCCACAGGCCAGGGGCUGGCCACAAACAGCAUACCAGCGCAAGUCCAGGAGAAUCGCUCAUCCUGCAGUCUUGCUAAUGAUACCUCAUUAGAGGAGGGGGAGGGGGAGGAGGAACGAAUGCCUGUGUUUGUCUCUCCCGAUGAGGAGGAGUUGGCAGGAGUAGAAAAAGGUUGGGAGGAGGUGGAAACCCAAAGGGGGGAGGAAGAGCAGGAAGAGGGCCUGUUCUGUGAGGAGGCGGAGGAGGCUGAGCUGGCCUGCUCCAUGCAGUACGAUGAGGAGGAACUAGAGCAGCUCAACAUGAUGGUGUAUCGUGUGGGGGACGAAAUGUCUAUGCUGCUGUCCCCUCCCAGCCAGGGACAGUCUCCAGUCCAUCGUUCCAGCAGAGAGCCUGGGGGCACCAGUGGCACUUCCAGCAUCGAGGCUUCCCCCCGCAGGGUCCUGGGGAGCCAGGGAAGGACAGGUAUCUAUGUCGAAGAGGAGGACAGGGUCUUCUUCAUGGAGGAUCUUGAUGCAACAGGUGACGGCAUCACUGCCUGCCAUUGUGUUGUCCCUCCUCCUAAAGCGUCCACACUUCCUGUUCAGCACAAGUCCAAAACACAGCCUAACACCGCUCAGAACGGUUGGUACCCUGAGACCACAUCCGAGCAGCCUUGUCCACAGCCACACGGCCUGAACACACGCCGUCCUGUUGCAAAGCACCCUCCAUGCACCCCCGCCCCUUGCUCUGAACCUCUGCCUUACAGCAAUGGGUGGGAGAUGGGUUUAGAAGGGACGGCGUCCGAAACCGCUGAGGUCAUCGCCCACCGCAUGGGAGGGAUGAAGCUGUCUGCUACUGUCAUCUUCAACCCUCGCUCCCCCAGCUUGACGGAACUAGCGGUGGACAAGCUGCUGCUGUCUCGCCCAGCUCCCUCUGAGAUUGAGCCCUGUGGCCCCCUGGUGGCCACUCACUGCCUGCUCAACUCCUGUGUGUGCUGUAGGAGCUGCGAGGACGCGCACGAGGACAUCCUCACCCCAGAGACGGCAGGACUCGGACUGGGCCUCGCUCUGGGACUGGACAAGCAUCGUAAAACCCCGGCCUCCAGCACUGUUAUCCAGUCCUCUGCCUGCCAGCUUCCUCUGUGUGAACCUUACAGCAAGGGCGAGGUCGCUCAGCUGACGCCACCUUCUUCCCGUUGCUCUGGAGAACCGCUAGGAGAGGAUUCACAUUCCCCGCUCUGUGAAAAGUGCCUGGCGGUGACUCCAGGACAGGGACAUCUCUCUCAGGACUGCAGCCCUAGAACAGGGGGGGCCUCCGUGUGCAGCCACCAGCAGAGGACUGAAAAGAGGACACAUGCCAGCGGAGGUCGACAGAGGGACAAGGAGGUGGACAACGACAAGCUAGAGAACAAGGAAUUUAAACGAGACACCAAAGAGGACAGCAGGAGAAGUUCCAGUUUUCAGAACUCUCCCCUCAGCUCUGUGUCAGGUAGUGACUGUGAGAGUGUGUCGGUAACCACAUGUAGUCUAUCAAGCAGUGCAUACACUCCCAGUCCCGUCAGCAGUCUAACUCCCAGCUCCGGGAUGUCGGAGGACCUGGAGCACCAGGAGGUCAAGCUAGCCCUGCACAACGCAAAGGUGGCAGCGAGGAACAAGAUCCGGUCCCGUUUUCACAGCAGCAGCGACCUCAUCCACCGUCUUUUCGUUUGCAUAUCAGGCGUCGCCGAUCAGCUGCAGACCAACUACGCCAGUGACCUUCGUAGCAUCCUCAAGACUCUUUUUGAAGUCAUGGCAACCAAGUGUGAUCAAGGAGAAAAUGAUAAGCAAAAGAAAGCAGGUCCGGCUCUACCCAGUGCGGUGCUGGAAGACUGUGCUUUGUGUCAGGAGACCAUUUCAUCAUCAGAACUGGCAGCCAAAGCCCGAGAGGGGCAGUUCGAAGACCCUCCAGACUGGGUCCCUGAUGAUGCCUGCAAUUCCUGCAUCGCCUGCAAGGCUCCCUUUACGGUCAUUCGCCGGAAGCAUCACUGUAGGAGCUGUGGAAAGAUCUUCUGUUCUCGCUGCUCGUCUCAUUCUGCUCCGUUGCCUCGAUACGGUCAGGUUAAACCUGUCAGGGUGUGCACCCACUGCUACAUGUUUCAUGUCACGCCUUUCUACAGCGACAGGCCCGGCAUCUGAGCCAGUCACCUGCAACACACACACACGAGCUGCCACCAGAGCAUAUGCAACAGACAGAUUCACUGCUGUGUACAAAGCAAACAACGCUGCUCCGGUAAACCUUAACGGCCAUGAUUGUACCUACUGAGCAUGGCUUCUGAAGAACGUUGCAGCAGGAAGUCCAGACACGAGAGGAAGUGCUGAUGGGUCAGUGGCUCUGUAAGUGUUUUUCUGCAACAGCCCCAACAUUGGUGAUUCUCAGAAGAAUGAAUGUCGAGGUGCAAAAAGAGAGAUGGGAUGAGCGGACAGCGACGUCGUGCAGCAGAUUCCUUUUAUUUGCGGUUUCCAUCACUAAAUCGGAAUAGACCACUUCUUCUUAUUCAGCUUUUUUUUUAUGCUUUAAUAGAGCUUCCCGCAUAUUUGUGCUACCAAAACACUCAGAUCGCUCAAAAAGAAUGUAAGUCCCAGCUACCAGGUGUAUAAGAUGGUCUAGAAAUGGGAAUUUGAAAGGAAUCUUCAGCAUUCCAUCUACGCUAAACUGUAACAGACAUUUGUAUGAUAUUCAUUUAUGAUUUUUUUAAGGUCAUUAAGGUGGAAUUUUAAAGCACUUUGUAAGAGGAGUCCCAUCUCCAGGUGAAAAAGUGUCACUGAUAGGUUUUCUACACCUGCUGUCACUAAUUCGGACCAGAGGCCCUCUCAGGUUACACAAAUGUUUCCCGAUGAUUUUCUCUUCCUCAUCAAUGUGAUUGUGCAGUAUUACUGCUAACUGCAAUGCUCCUGCACACUUAAGAGACGUUUUUAUUAGUUAAGUCUCUCCGGAGAACACAUUUGUGUUCCUGCUAAAUUCCCUGUCAGUUCUGCUGAUGCACAGAAACAUGUCUUCUUCCUUUUCUGCUUCGGCACUGACCACAAAGUAUCUUCCACAGUUAGACGAGAUCACUUUGUACAUCUUAAUGCUCUAAAGCGGCUAAUAUGUGUCCUUACAGCGUUGAAAUAUUUAAUUUUCUCCGUUCUGCUCCGACUUGAAGCAGCCGCUCGGGCAUCAUGGGCUCUAACUCACGCCUACUGUUUCAGUGUAGACGUAAAGGAGAGGCUAAAAGAAAAUGUGCAAACUUGCUUUGAGGCGUUAUGGAUUUUCUUUCAUAAAGAACACUAAUGAAAUCAUGCAGUAAUAAAAGGGUGAGAUGUUCUAAUGUUAUUUCAGAGCUUGGUCUUAUUUUGUAAAACUCAAGUUCAUUUCCAUAAUAAGAGCUGUGUAAAAUAUCCAACAAAUGUUAUAUAGUUUUAAAUGCGAUGUAUAUUGAAAUAAAUGUUUUUUUUUCUGUUUAAAA